AUGGUGUCCGUCCGCCUCAGGCCGCUCAACGGCAGGGAAGCUGGGGACAGCUCCGACUGGGAGUGCAUCAGCCCCACCACCAUCAUGUUCCGCAGCACCGUCCCCGAGCGCGCCAUGUUCCCCACCGCCUACACCUACGAUAGGGUGUUUGGCCCCCGUUGCUCUACACGGCAAGUCUACGAGGAAGGAGCAAAAGAAGUUGCUCUUUCAGUUGUCAGUGGAAUUAACUCAAGCAUAUUUGCCUAUGGGCAAACAAGCAGCGGAAAGACUUAUACAAUGACGGGAAUAACGGAGUAUAGUAUGCUUGACAUCUAUGACUACAUAGAUAAGCAUCCUGAAAGAGAGUUCAUUUUGAAAUUUUCGGCCAUAGAGAUAUACAAUGAAGCUGUGAGGGACCUUCUAAACCAUGAUCCAACACCUCUUAGACUACUUGAUGAUCCAGAGAAAGGGACUACUGUAGAAAGACUCACUGAGGAAACUUUGACGGAUUAUGGUCAUCUUAGGGAUCUUCUUGCUGUAUGUGAAGCUCAAAGGCAGAUUGGAGAAACUGCUUUGAAUGAAACAAGUUCCAGAUCCCAUCAAAUACUCAGAUUGACAAUUGAAAGUUCUGCUAGGCAGUUUUUAGGAAGAGGAAACUCAAGCACCCUUGUCGCUUGUGUGAACUUUGUUGAUCUAGCCGGAAGUGAGCGUGCAUCACAGACAGCUUCGGCUGGUAUGAGGCUAAAAGAAGGCAGCCAUAUUAACAGAAGUCUGCUUACACUGGGAAAGGUCGUCCGUCUACUCAGCAAAGGAAGAAAUGGCCAUAUCCCUUACAGAGAUUCAAAACUGACCCGUAUAUUACAGUCCUCUCUUGGUGGCAAUGCUAGAACAACCAUUAUCUGCACAAUGAGCCCUGCUCACACUCAUAUGGAGCAAUCCAGAAACACCCUUCUGUUUGCGACCUGUGCAAAGGAGGUUGUUACAAAUGCACAGGUUAAUGUAGUGAUGUCUGACAAAGCACUUGUGAAGCAUCUUCAGAGAGAACUUGCAAGAUUAGAAAAUGAACUGAAAUUCCCUGGCUCAACUGUUUGCACUACUCACACUGAGGCUUUGAAAGAGAAGGAUGCGCAGAUUAAGAAGCUUGAAAAGCAGCUUAAGGAAUUGAUGGAGGAAAGGGAUACAGUUCAGUCUCAACUUAACUGUUUGCUAAAAGGUGAUGGUGAUGACCAUGGCAAUGAGCACACUGCAAAGCGAUGGGAUGAGCAUAGUCGGUCAUCAGAGUCCCUUGCACGAAAUGUAUCGGAAGAGGCGCUUUCAGUUGCAGAUGCUUAUGGGGUUGCUCCUCAAGAUCAAGAUUAUGCAUCGUUUAAUGGAUCAUAUGUCUACAGUAGCGAUCAUAAUGACUCAGCAUUCCUCGGUGAAACAAGGGAGCUUCCUCGGCAAACAUGGGAUCAAAAGGUGAUUUCACCUUGGCACCCUCCCAGCAACCAUGGCUCUGAUGGCAUAGAACCAUACCAUAUUAAGGAAUCACCUUCAAGAACUACCUCAGAAGUUUCUGAAGAGCACUGCAGGGAAGUCCAGUGCAUAGAGAUACAUGAGCAUGUAAGAAGCAGAAGCCACGAAUUCAAUCAAUUACUCCCUGAAGAUACCAAGAGCCAAACACCUAAUGUAGAGGUGAUCUCCAAAGAUGCAGUCCCGCAACCUGAUGAACAGCAAGGGCUCAAAAGCAUAACGAAGAAAAUAGAAGAUCAUGUCAGAUCGUAUUCCAGCAAAGAUGAGCAACAAGCUGAAAAUAUAAGAAAGAUAGAGGAAGAUUCGGCCAAAAUUUAUCAAUGUGAAUCUGAUAGAAUUACAAAAAAUGUUGUCGAACUAUAUACAUGCGAUGCUAACCAUUCUUUUGACAUUGGCAAAACCCCUCAUGAAUGUUUGAGCCUCAAGAGGUGCAUAAUGAGCUCUAAGGAUCGUGCACUGGCUAGAAGUAAAAGCUGCAGGGCUACCUUCAUGGUGAUUCCCAAUAGUUGGUUUGAUGAUUUUGAGAAUACUAGCACGACACCACCUGAUGAAAUCUUUAGGUAUGCUCCCAGAAGGCUUGAUAAGGUCAGGAGAAGCCUGUAUGACGACAAUGGUGAUUGCCAAAAUGAGGACUUCAAAACCUCCCCGUUGAUUCCUGAAAAAAAUGAUUACCAAAAUGAGGACUGUUUACCUGACUGCUCCACGGUUUCCUGUGAAGUAGCAUCUGAUGAAGUUUUCAAUGACAUGAGCACCAGUGAUGAAGUAGCUAAGGAAAUGAGCACCAGCGAUGAAGAACAAGAAAUUCCUGUCAAUGACAUUAGUUAUGUCACAGAGGUGAAAGAGAAUACAGAAGAUCACCAUGAAGAUCUUCUUGAAGAGUUACAGGCACAAAUAAUCAUGCAGGCCGAUAGAGAUGAGAAGACAUCCACAAAAACUGUCAGAGACGUUGGUGUAGAUUCAGCACUGAGCCCCUUUGAAUCUCCUUCUCAUCCGACAGUUGAUUUUGAGAAAAAACAGCAACAAAUUAUCGAGUUGUGGCAUGAUUGCAACGUGUCCAUCGUGCACAGAACUUACUUUUUCCUCCUCUUCAAGGGAGAUCCAGCAGAUAACAUAUACAGGGAAGUGGAGCACAGGAGACUGUCUUUCAUUAAGAGUUCAUUAGGUGCACAACCUGCAGCAGAAGGGGAACUUAAUCCUGCCAUUGCAUCAAGCUUGAAGAAUCUUCGCCGAGAAAGGGUCAUGCUCUACAAGCAGAUGCUGAAGAAGCUCUCCAACGGGGAGAAAGAGAGCAUUUACGGCAAAUGGGGAAUUGAUCUGAGCACCAAACAGCGAAGGUUACAGCUCUCCCGCCUCAUAUGGACACAGACUGACAUGGAGCAUGUCAGGGAGAGCGCGUCUCUUGUCGCGAGGCUGAUCGACCUUCUAGAGCCUGAGCAGGCCCUCAAGGAGAUGUUUGGGAUGAAUUUCACACUAGUCCCACGGGCUGAUCGGAGAUCGUUCGGCCUGGAUGUGCCGUCACUCCGUCAGGCAAUGCAUCCAUCAGGCAACGCUCACGCAGGUGAAUGCGUUGGAGUUUAUGAUUUGAGUGUCUUAGCUCCAGUAUAA